GUUAAACGCACUUAUUAAGAAUUGCCUUUGUCUGUCUGGCUAUAAAUACGGUGCAGUUCUGUUUGGCGAGCAUUCGUUGAUGUGCACCUUUAUCGCAUUUCACGCCACGCAUGUCCCGGCAGCCCAUCGAGGUAUUCCCGAGCCGACUGCUGGAACUAUGCAACCAGGACGCGCCGCUCACUUUCCUCGCAUUCCUGCCGAACGGGAGCCAGCACCGUUCCAAGUGGAUCGCCCAUGGCCGCCACAGCGAAGUCUUCCAGGUGGCCUCCCUGCUCAGGCGGACCGUGCUCAAAGUGGUUCCCGUUACGGGAGACUUCACCCAGCAGCAGGUUGACACCAUCGCCUCCGCCAUUCAGUGCUGCCUCAAACUGAGUACGUUGAAGCAUGGCACCCGCUACGGAACUCCAAACUUCAUCGAGGUUGAACGGAUCGCGUGCGUGUUCGACCAGUUCCCGGAGUGGCUUCUGCGCAGCGGCAGCAGGGGCGUCGACUCCUCGAGCGAGUCCCUGGCCGAAAGCCUCGCCUCCGAGAUGGCCGGUACGGGCGGCAGCCCCGACGCCUCCGAUUUGCUCGCGGCCUUCCGCCGAUGGAAGGGCACAAAUCAAUGUUGCAUAACACAGCACUUCAUUGUGUUCGAGCUAAGUUACGCAGGAAAGCCGCUCUCGCGGAUGACGCUUCGCAGCGCGUUACAAGGCCGCAGCCUGGUGCAACAGGCCGUGUGCUGCGUCGCCGUAGCCGAGAGCGCCCUGGGUUUCCGGCACACGGGCGUGGACGCCGACAAGCUGUUGGUGGCCGUGACCGAUGCUGCCUGCCUCGAGUACCGGCUGCCGGACAGGACGCCCAUCUCGGUCGAGAGCGCUGGUCUGAAGGCGCACUUGGCCGGCUGCCUGUCGUUCGCUAUCGACCCAGGCACGUCUGUACAACUUGCGCACGACUUUUACUCGACUCAAAACUGUAAAUUCUAUGUCUGUUUCAAUGUGGUUGCGUCAUCCACUAAAUCGGUUUUCUGGCUACCAUCCACUGAAAGAAUUGGGAGCUUCGCCGGCUGA